UGGCUGCAGCAGCAGAGGCAGCUAGAGCUUCCCUCCCUGUCUGCGCGAGCUGCGGGCGGAGGACGUUUUCACCAGUUGCAGAUGUAACCUCGGGAACUCCUGGGUAUGUUGGUUUUGUUUGCCAAACAAAGUCUUUUCUUCUUUGGCUCAGACACUGAAGAGGCUCCUGGAUUUUUCUGCCAUCGCGCCACAACCUGGCAGUUACCCGGGAGCCUUCCCAAGGAGCUGGCGGAGAAAUGAGCCCUUCUGGGCGGAGGAUGGGAGAAGGGCGUCAGCAGCUCGGGGCUCCGGCCGGAAAGCGCCUCCUGCUCCCCGGGAGCAGAGGGUCACCCAGAGGGCUGCCGGGCGGCGGCGGCCCCGGGGCGCAGCGCUUCCUGCUCGGGCUCUUCGUGCACGCGUGGCUGUGGGCGGCCUCGGGCUCGUCUGCCCAGGUGUUCAACCUCAGCCUUUCCGUGGACGAGGGCCUUCCUCCAGACACUCUAGUCGGCGACAUCCGCGCGGGGCUGCCGGCCACGCAGCAGCAGCAGGAGGGGGGCGGCUUCUUUCUGUCCGAGGACUCGGAUGACUCCCCGUUGCUGGACGACUUCCACGUGCAUCCGGACACAGGCAUCAUCCGCACGGCGCGGCGCCUGGACCGAGAGCGGCGGGACCACUACAGCUUCGUGGCCGCCACGCUGCUGGGCGCGGUGGUGCAGGUGGAGAUCCGCGUCAACGACGUGAACGACCACUCGCCCCGCUUUCCCCGCGACUCCCUGCAACUCGACGUCUCCGAGCUCAGCCCGCCAGGUACAGCCUUCCGCCUGCCAGGCGCCCAAGACCCGGACGCCGGGCUGUUCAGCAUACAGGGCUACACCCUGGUGCAACCGUCCGACCUUUCUGAGGACCCCGCAGGACCAUUCUUCCAGUUGCGCUACGGGGCCCCGGGGUCACCAAAGUCGCCGCUGUCCUCGUCGCCCCUUGAGCCCCUAGACCUGGUGCUGCUGCGGCGCUUGGACCGAGAGGCGGUGGCAGCACACGAGCUGCAGAUCGAGGCGUGGGACGGCGGUCGCCCGCGGCGCACGGGCAGCCUGCGGGUGAACCUGUGCGUUCUGGAUGAGAACGACAACCCACCCGUAUUUGAGCAGAGCGAGUACCGCGCCGCCGUGCGCGAGGACGCACUGCCAGGCGCUGAGGUCUGUCGCGUGCGCGCCACCGACCGUGAUCUGGGGCCCAAUGGCCAUGUGAGCUACAGAAUCCGCUCCCGGCAAGCGCUCGGGACGGGUGGCAGUGGCGGGCCGCUGGGCGACACGGCCUAUUUCGCGGUGGAGGAGAUGAGCGGGGUGGUGCGGGUGCAGAGGCCGCUGGACCGCGAGGUUCAGGCCUGGCACCAGCUGGUGGUGGAGGCCCGCGACGGAGGUGCCGAGCCCGAGGUUGCCACCGUGCGCGUGUCCAUCGCGGUGCUGGACGUGAAUGACAACUGGCCCGCCAUUCAUCUGCUCUUCCUUACCGAAGGAGGCGCCGCGCGCGUCUCUGAGGGCGCUCGAGUCGGCGACUAUGUGGCUCGGGUCUCCGUGUCCGACGCGGACGGUGACCCAGAGAAGGAAGAGGAGGCCGCCGGGGAACUCGGUAUGGGCCUCGGGGGCGGGAGCAUCUCGCUGACCUUGGAGGGCGGUGAGAGAGCCUUUGCGCUGCGGUCCGGAGGCUCCUCAGGAGUAUUUUUCCUUUGCGUCGAUGGGCCCCUAGACAGGGAGAGCAGAGACCUGUAUGAUUUGCGACUGGUGGCCACGGAUGCGGGAUCCCCGUCGCUGAGCACGGAGAAGACGCUGCUGCUCCGGGUCGCUGACCUCAAUGACCAGCCCCCUCUCUUCAGCCAGGAGAAUUACCGGGCCUCAGUGUCCGAGGCCGCGGCCCCCGGCACCGCGGUAGUGUGCGUCAGCGCCUCCGAUGCGGAUGAGCCUGGCACAGACCACGCCCGACUGCGCUACGCGCUGGUCCCUCUCCCAGCGCGCUGCAACCCGGAGGCUCUGAGGCCCACCGCUGAGUGUGGACCGUCCUUCAGCAUCGAUCCUGAAAUUGGUGUGAUUAGCACCACUCGGAGUCUGGACCGAGAGGUCCAGGAGGCUGUAGAGCUGAGAGUGGUGGCCCAAGACCUCGGAGAGCCCCCGCUCUCUGCCACCUGCCUUGUGAGCAUCACUGUGGACGACGUGAAUGACAACGAGCCCAUCUUCCUGAAGCAGGUGUACAACGCCACCCUUCUGGAGCAUUCCCCAGUCGGACACUGCUUUCUGCAGGUAAAAGCCUCCGAUGCAGAUGCAGGACUCUAUGGCUUUGUUGAAUAUUCUCUUUAUGCUGGAUUCCAAAGCUAUGAAGCACCUCAAGCAUUCCAGAUAGACCCACAUGAUGGGCAAAUCUGUGUUUCUCAAGAUAUCGACAGGGAAAGGGAUCCAGCCACCUACGAUCUCUUGGUGAAAGCUAAGGAUGGGGGUGGACUCAGCGCCCAAGCUUUUGUUCGUGUGGAACUGGAGGAUGUGAAUGAUAAUGAACCCGUGUUUAACCCGUCAACGUAUGUGACGAGCAUUAGCGGCCAGACCCAGCCAGGCACUGAGAUCAUCAAUGUUCUUGCCUCAGAUAGAGAUUCUGGGAUGUAUGGAACAGUGGCUUAUGAGCUUGUCCUCGGAGACCUGUCAUUCUUUUUCACCAUCGACUCCACCACAGGGAUUAUUUACUUAACAUCAACUCUUAGUCAUUUGGAAUCCACCACACUUUUGCUGAUGGUCUGUGCUCGAGAUGGUGGUGGGCUCACAUCUGUCACUAAUGCUGAAGUCACCAUACACAUUCUUCAGACAACUCUGGCACCCACUGAAUUUGAAAGGCCUAAGUAUACUUUCGCAGUUUAUGAAGAUGUGCCUGAAGACAGUCCUGUGGGAACAGUGAAAGCAAAAGAGUCCUUGAAUUCCUCAGAGACAAUUCUUUAUAGGAUCUCCUCUGGUGAUCUGGAUGGAAAGUUCUUUAUUCAUCCAUGGCUGGGCAACAUUCGAACCCAGAAGCCGCUGGAUCACGAAACGCAGCCCGUGGUUGUGCUCACCAUCCAGGCACAGCUCAGCAGCUCCCCCGCCUGCAGCAGCACAGAGGUCAACAUAACUGUCAUCGAUGUCAAUGACAACCGCCCAGUGUUUCCCAAAGCCUCCGAUGGGGUUACGAUAUCCCAGGGCACAAUGCCUGGCACAGCCUUGUACCACGCCCGUGCAACAGACAAAGACAGCGGGCCCAACGGGGUCAUCCGCUAUACCAUUGCCAGUCAGAGCCCAAGCAUCUUUUCCGUUGACUUGGGGCUUGGUGUGGUGUACCUCAACGAGAGCCUGGCAGGCGCUGGGCCCCGGGAGUGCACGCUGACCCUCAUAGCCCAGGAUCUUGGUGUUCCUCCUCAGGCAUCCCUGUUAGUGCUGACGGUCAUUAUUGAAAAACAAGAACAAAACCCGUCUUUAACUUUUGAGCAUUUGGUCUAUCAAGCGGAAGUUAGUGAGUCCCUCUCACCGAUGACCCCAGUCCUGAAAAUCCAGGCCUGUCCGCUUGGCCCGCAGCUCACAACCCCACAGCUCCUGUACUUGCUGGAGUCCGGCACAGACUCGGCUGCAUUUGGCAUCCAUCCUUACACGGGUUGGAUUUAUUUGCGGCGACAGCUCGACUAUGAAUCCACACAAACAUAUAAUUUUAGAGUGUUUGCCUGGAUCCCGGAGGACAGAAUGUCACAAAAUGUGAGCACUUCAGUAAUUGUUCAUGUCCUGGAUGAGAAUGACAAUUCCCCUACCUUCUUGCAUGAUGUCUUGUUUCUGAAAGUCAAGGAGAGUCCUGUUCCCCAAGGGGUAAUAGGCAAAAUUACAGCAAUUGACAGAGACUCGGGAAAGAACGGACAGCUGUCAUAUUUCCUUUUGUCUGAUGGAAAAUUCUUCAAGAUGAAUCCUAAUACAGGCGAACUUAUCAGUUGGGUGGCCUUGGAUCAUGAGCAACGGGUGCACCAUCAGGUGACUGUCUUAGUGACCGACCACGGCUCCCCUCCUCGAAACGCCACUGCGCUGGUGUAUGUCUCAGUUACUGACAUCAACGAUAACAGGCCAUAUUUCCCACAGUGCCUCCCUGGGAAGGAAUUACACAUCAAGGUUCUGGAAGGUCAACCAGUAAAUAUGUUUGUUACAGCUGUGUUUGCAAAGGAUCUUGAUGAAGGAAACAAUGCAGAAGUUAUAUAUUCAGUAUCUUCAGAGGGUAGUUCUGAUCACUUCAAGAUUGAUGCCAACAGUGGUGAAAUAAGAACAACCAGAGUACUUUCACAUGAUUAUGGACCUUCUUACAGGAUGAUUGUAAUUGCCAGUGACCAGGGGGUGCCUCCUCUUCAAGGACAGGCAGUUAUUAAUAUUCAGGUGAUACCACUAUCUGAAGGGAGAGCUGUCAUUUCUCAGAAUAUUAGACACUUAGUUAUACCAGAAAACUUGAAGCCUGCAAAAAUAAUGAGCUUGAUAAAGUCACCUGAUCACCUUCAACAACAUCAUAGUGGAAAGUUACAUUUUAGUAUCGCUGCAGAUGACAAGGAUGGUCACUUUGAAGUCGACAGCUCGACAGGAGACUUGUUCCUCUUUAAGGAACUGGAUUAUGAAAUGACGUCUCAUUAUCUUUUCAGGGUGGUAACUAAAGACCACAGCAGAAACCCUCCCGUGAAUAGCACAGUCUUCCUUAGUGUUGCUGUGGAAGAUCAGAAUGACCAUUCCCCAUCUUUCCAGGAGGAGUUCAUUGUGAUCAGCGUGGAAGAGAAUGCCCCUGUCGGGACUCUGGUGCACGUCUUCAAUGCCAAAGACGGCGACGGCAGUUUUUUGAACAGUAGAGUACAAUACUUAAUUGAAGCCCACCACCCUGGAAUGAAUCCAUUUCUCAUCCACCCCUCAUUUGGCACUUUGGUCACUGCUUCCCCCCUUGACAGAGAGAGAGUUCCGACUAUUGUCCUGACAGUAACUGCAUCCGAUCAGGCUGUGAAUGUGACAGACCGGCGACUGAGAUCGCUGAUGGUGAAGGUAGUGAUUUUGGAUAUAAAUGACCACAGCCCCACUUUUACAUCUUUCCCCAUCGCCCUUGUCAAAGAGGAUGCCGCGGUGGGCUCCUUGGUGCACCACAUAACUGCUCAAGAUCCAGACGCAGGAAGGAAUGGAAGAGUAACAUUCAGCAUCCUCUCAGGAAAUGAAAAUAUGGCUUUUAUGCUAGAUGAGUCAUCAGGUUUACUAACUACUACUUUGCCUUUGGAUUAUGAAUUAAAAAGUCAGUACAUUCUGACCCUUCUGGCACUGGAUAGUGGCACACCAACACUUUCUUCAUCCCAGACUUUGACAAUUACUGUUCUUGAUGUAAACGAUGAGGCCCCAGUAUUUAAACAGCACCUAUAUGAAGCUUCAGUUAAAGAAAAUCAAAAUCCAGGGGAGUUUGUCACAAGAGUUGAAGCUGUGGACAGAGAUUCAGGAAUCAAUUCUAAGCUUCAGUUUGAAAUCAUGCCAGGCGCUUUAUUCGGGUUGUUCGAGAUAAAUUCUGACACUGGGGAGGUGGUGACAACCACCACACUUGACAGAGAAGUUCAGGAAGUCCUCACCCUUCAAGUACUUGUACGUGAUGGGGGAGCCCCUGCUCUGUCUGGGACUACAACAAUUCUCUGCACUGUGGGAGAUGAAAACGAUCAUGCACCGGAGAUUAUUGUCCCCAGGUAUGACAUUGAGGUUCUGGAAAACCAAGAGCCAGGGCUUGUCUACACUGUUUUGGCCUCUGAUAUGGAUGCUGGCAAUAACGGAGCUGUCAGGUAUCACAUAAUUGAUGGAAAUACUGAUGAGUACUUUGCUAUUAAUGAAACAUCAGGAGAACUCUCAAUUACUCGUGCUUUGGACCGGGAGCAAGUCAGCAACUUCACCCUAGUCAUCCUGUGCUCCGAUCUGGGGAAUCCACCCCUGAGCUCCAUGGUGCAGCUGCAAGUCAGAGUUCUGGACGACAAUGACCACAGUCCUUCCUUCUCCAGGCUCCAUUACCAGGCCUCUGUGAGAGAGGAUGCUCAAGUGGGAACCGUGGUUCUUGUGCUUUCUGCUGUGGACAAAGAUGAAGGCCUGAAUGGGAAAACUGAGUAUUCUCUGGUGGAUGAGGCUUCCGGGGCAUUCACCAUUGAUCCCGUAGCGGGCACAUUGAGAACUAGUCACAUCCUUGACCGAGAAGCCAGAGCUGAGCAUACAUUUAAGGCUGUGGCCAGAGACUGUGGUGUCCAGGGCUCAAGAAGCACCACGGUGAUCAUAAAAGUACAUGUCACUGAUGUUAAUGACAAUGAUCCAGUUUGGGAACAGAACCCCUUUGAUAUUUUUCUUUCCCCCCAGUCACCUACUAACCAGAUGACCGCCAUCCUGAGAGCCAGUGACCCAGACUUGGGACCCAAUGGAACUGUCAUAUUUAGUUUUGCAGAGCCCCAGUCAGUGUUUUCUAUUAAUGAAUACACAGGAGAAAUUCAACUUCAGCAAAACCCAGCUUCAGAAUAUUUUCCUAUCUGGCUGCAGUUAAAAGUUGUGGACCAGGGGUUCCCAGCUAGGACAACCACUGGUCUCUUGGUCAUUCACAUGGAAGGAGAAGAUGUAAGGAUUUCCUUCAGCCAGCAUCUGUAUAAUGGGAUUGUGCCCGAAAAUUGUGAGGCAGGUACUUCUAUUGUGACUAUAAAAGCUUUUGCUACUGACUCAGUUCGGGACAACAUUAAAUAUUCAAUUUUUAGUGGAAAUGAAGAUGGAGUUUUUUCCUUGUGCUCCAACUCAGGAGAACUCACUGUGCAAGAACCCAAGUUUCUGGAUUUUGAAGUCAGAAAUGAAGUUCAGCUCAUCGUUUUAGCUGAAAGUAGGGGGCAUAGAGCCUACAGCAAAGUAGCAGUCUUCAUCAAAGAUGUGAAUGAUCAUCCACCGUGCUUUGGGCAAAGCAUUUACCAAGUAUCAGUGUCUGAGGGCCAGUUCUACAAUGAUCACAUCAUACAGGUUUUUGCCACAGACCAGGACAGUGGGACAAACGGCCUCAUCGAGUAUUCUAUUCUCUCCAGCAACCAAGGACAAGUGUUCCAGAUGGACACGCUGAGCGGUGUGCUAACAGCAAGUGCAGUUCUGGAUUAUGAGUACACCAGAGCCUACAGCUUGAUUGUACAAGCCACAGAUAAAGGGAUACCGAGGCUUUCUAGUACAACUGUGAUCAAGAUACAAGUGACUGAUACCAAUGACAAUGCCCCGGCUUUUCUCCCCUCUGAAGCAGUGGAAGUUGCAGAAAAUUCUUUGCCUGGUGUAAUUGUGACUCAGAUAUCAGUUCAUGAUGUGGAUUUGAAUCCAGCUUUCAUCUUCAGUUUCGUCAAAGAGAGUAAUCCUGGAACUAAGUUCGCUAUUGAUCGGAACACUGGGGUAGUGGUGCUAGUGAAAACACUGGACUUUGAAGAAGCUACUGAAUAUGAGCUGCAUAUCCAAAUUUCAGAUUUGGUACACCACACGGAGGGGACACUCAUCGUCCAUGUGCUGGACGUCAAUGAUAACCCACCAGUAUUUUCUCAAGAUUCUUACCAGGUUACCAUUUCCGAAUCAGUGCCUAUGGGGCACAUAGUGCUGACCGUGGUGGCCACAGAUGUGGAAAGCAAUGAGAACAUUUCUUACAGGAUCCUUUCUUCUUCUAAGGCAUUUUCAAUUGAUCCUACAAAUGGCACAGUAUAUACUAUCAAUCCUGUCUUACUUCUGGAUAGAAAAUCAACAAUUCGAUUUCUUGUUGAAGCCAGUGAUGGUGGAAUUCCUGACCUGAAGGCUGUUACCUUAGUGGAGAUAGAAAUACAAGAUGUGAACAAUUAUGCCCCUGAGUUUGCAAUAGAAUAUUAUAAUCUUAGCUUGAGUGAAGACACUCCAAUUGGAAGCACACUUGUCACCUUUUCAACUGUUGACCAUGACUGGACCCAUGAAAACACUCAUGUUGAAUAUUCCAUCAUCAGUGGUAAUUCACAGAACAAUUUCCAUGUGGAAACUAGUUUCAUUCAUUCAGAAUAUACUUACAAGCAAGUUGGGUACCUGGUGUUGAUUCACUAUCUGGACAGAGAAGCAACCUCCAGUCAUAAGCUUGUCCUUCUGGCAUCUGACCAUGGCUGCCCUCCACUGAGUUCCUCAGCCACUGUGUCAAUAGUAGUACUCGAUGUGGAUGAUAACCCACCUGCAUUCAGCAGUCUGGAAUAUCAUGCCCACAUCAAGGAAGGUACCCCUCAAGGGAGUCCCAUCACUGUGGUCUCAGCAAGUGACUGUGAUGUGGCUUCACAUGCAGAAAUCGUCUACCACCUAAUCUCUGGAAAUGAGAAGGGGCAUUUUCACUUAGAAGAAAAAACUGGAGUUCUUUAUUUGAUUAAACCUUUGGAUUAUGAAGAAAUGAUAAAAUUUACUUUAACUGUCCAAGCUUCAGAUGAAGAAAAGAAACAUUUUUCUUUUGCAGUUGUGUUUGUCAAUGUCCUGGAUGAUAAUGACCAUGCACCUCAGUUUAUGUUCCCAAACUUGAACUGUGCUGUUCCUGAAAAUCUUCCUGUUUUCUCCACCAUAUGUUCUGUAAAUGCUUUGGAUUUUGACGCAGGUCCUUAUGGAGACUUGACCUAUUCUAUAGUUUCACCCUGUUCUCUCACUCAUGAGAUGCUGUAUGAUCAUGACCUCUUCCUCAUUGACCCCUUAUCAGGGGAUAUUCGUGCUCAGCAAGUCCUUGACUAUGAACAUGACAAAAAAUACUGCCUCACAGUUCAGGCCAAAGACAAGGGUGACUCAACAGCCUCCUUAAUGGUUUGGGUGGAUAUUGAAGGGAGAGAUGAGUUUGAACCCAUUUUCACUCAGGAUCAAUAUUUUUUCAACCUCCCAGAAAAGAGUAAUGUAAGACAGUUGAUUGGCAGAGUGGAAGCAUCAGAUGCAGAUGCUGGUAUUGAUGGAGUUAUUCUUUACUCUCUCGAAACUCCAUCUCCCUUCUUUUCAGUAAAUAAAACAAAUGGAAAUAUUUAUUUAAGUAGAGCCCUUCCCCUAAUAAAAAGUCAAGUCAGCAAAGAAGACACCAUCGAAAUGAAAAUAAUUGCUCGUAGCCCCAAACCGGAUUCCAAGUUUACAUCUUGUACUGUUUUUGUGAAUGUGUCUUUUUCCUCGGAAGGAAAACACUCCACAGAAUCAGCUAGCAGCUUUUUGAUCAGUCUCACUGUCUCCUUUUUAGUGUUUUUGUUACUUGUCUUCAUUCUAAUUGUACUGAUUUUAAGACAUAAACAAAAAGAUGCAAUAAACAAUUAUGAAGAAAAGAAAACAUCAUCAUCCUUAGAUAUCAGUGUGAGACCGACCAGGGAUGCCAGCACGCUGAAACCCUUCCAAAAAACUAAUGAGAGUGAUAAUGAAGUAGUGCCCGUGGACUCCAUGCCUGAAUGGUUGAGUUUAACAAGAAUUAUGGAGAAGGACAUUGCACAUCUGUACAGGCACUCAAACUCCAGUCGUCACUAUUCUGUGGAAGGAGAAACUGCAGAAGAUAAGGAAAUCCAGAGGAUAAAUGAGCACCCUUACAGAAAGGACUCUGACUCAGCUCUGAGUGAUUGGGAGUCCAGGGUGCCAGACUCCGGCAUUCCAACAGAAUCAGACCAGCUCUCUUGUUUGUCUGGGGAAACUGAUGUGGUGGUCACUGCUGAAACAGCAGAAACCAGCCAUACAUUUGAGGAAGAAGAUCAAGGAGAGGGCUGUGGCACUACCUAUGUUCAAAAUAACGUCUUACUCCAGCCUCUAAAGAAGAGAGAGGUAAAAGUGGGCAUCCUGGUUGAUGUCAGAAAAGAGGCCGUCUUUAUUUCAGGUGAUCAAGAAGCAAGAUGCGCAGCUCUUUCAACCCAGAGAAACUCUGAUCAUGAUGUAAGAGGCAACUAUCACUGGGAUUAUCUCCUCAGUUGGGAACCCAAGUUCCAACCUCUUGCAUCAGUAUUUAAUGAUAUUGCAAAACUAAAGGAUGAGCACUUACAUAUGCCUGGCAUUCCAAAGGAGAAGAAGUCUUUUGUUUUUCCACCACCUUUGAUAACAGCAGUAGCCCAGCCCGGGAUUAAAGCAGUUCCACCAAGAAUGCCAGCCAUAACCCCGGGGCAGGGACUUCGUAAAUACCCACACUCCCCCAUUCGCUAUCAUCAAAGUUCUCUGCCGGAAGCCAUGACGCCCAGUUUUUCUCCAUCCCUUUCUCUGCUGACCACACAGACCCCUGCCAUAACCCCGCUGCUGUCAGAUGGAGAAUUAUUAGGAACACAUCUGAGUGGUACGUGCCAUGAACCUAAAGCAGCAGAUGAAGCUCAAAUAUAAAACAAUUGUGAUGUCAAGCACCUGCUCUCCAUUGGUCAUGAAUGAUU